AUACUUAUAGAUAGGUGUAGCUCUAGUAAAUAAAAAAAAGCCACAGAACUGUGAUAGAUUUAAAUCUUGCUUGUUUAUGUCAACUGUAGAUCUAACUGUAUGGAAUCUAAUUUGGUUUUAAAUAUUUCAUUUUCACUUGUAAAUUAGAUCUAGACUUCUGGUAUCUAGAUCUAUUUGUUACUUUAAGAUGAAAUCUAUCACAGAUAGUUUGAAAAGCUCUUUUAAGGGACGUUUGAAAUAUAAUAAGAAUGGAGACCUCAGUGAAUUAAUGGUUCAUCUGUCACCCCCACCCCUGUCUAGGUGUCAUGAAGAAAGCCCUCUGUCCAAAUCUCAAACAAGCUUCAAUUCCUUUGACGAGGAGACAACCACAUGUGACAGGAGUUUCUCCUCAGAUUAUGAUAGCAACAUUCACCUAGAUAACAGCAGACAGCUAUCGGAUUAUGCUUUUGAUAAUAAAUCUCUCUCUUUGUCAUGUGAUGAAACAGAAAAAGCUGAUCUAAGCAAAGAAGAUCUGCGCCAGCUCAGUCUUGCGAAACAUUUAAACACUUCCCAGAAUGCAUCCUCCAUGAGCCCUGAGAAUUUCUUCCUAUCAACUAAGUGGAAUGAAGCCAAUGCUGCUGUGGAUCAGUAUCGGCAGUUAAAGGAAGAGGGAGUGCAGCUAAAACUGUCGCAGAGAAAGAUAUUCAUGAAUAAACAUGAAGAUUUCAUAAAGGCAGAGUUACAGAAACAAGAAACAGAGCUCUCAAAGAGAAACAAAGAUCUGCAAAGUAAAAGGCAUCAAAACCUCGCACGGAAAGUACAAGAAUUGCAAGAGGAAGGACGUCAGCAGUUUCAGAAGUGCAAAGAACAUCAAGAAAAGUUUAAAAACAAACUAAAAGAGAUUGCAAAAGGAAAAGAAGAACUUGCGAUUGAAGAACAAAAGAGACAGCAACACCUACAACUCAACAGCAUUUUAAAAACUUUAGACAGUGACAGGAAAACAUUUGUGGCUCUGCGAGACAAUUAUGGCCAUAAAGACUUACUCCCCGAUGCAGUCAAUAAAGAUAAGGACUUACUGGAUAGACUCUGCUCAGAUGUGGUUGAAAAGAUGCGUACUGUUCAGUCAGCACAUUCUGUUCCCACUGAGGAUAUUGACAAGUUACAAGAUCACAUCACGAAGAGUCAAACCAUCCUUCAGCAACUCAAGAAGCUUAUUGAUGCGACUGAUGCCAAGGUGAAAGCAGAAGAAGAAAAGAAAAAAGAGGAACAGAAAAAAGCUGCGGCCUUAAAAAAACAAGAGGAGGACAAGAAACAGAAAGAGGCUGCAUCAGACUUUAAAGUGCAAGCCUUUAAAUACACACUUGAAGAGAAAAGUGUUAAAGCUAAAAAAUUGUCUGAGGUUGAAGCCAGCAUUAAACCAUUCAUAGACAACCCACAGAUGAAACAGUACAGAUUUGACUUACAGCGAGCGGUGAACACAACCAUCAAUGCAAUCUCUGGGAUCAGUGGGGCACACCUGAUGGACAAGCUUAAGAAGCUUCACAUGUUGCUAAGUGGGCAAAACCUGGAAGUUUCUGGAAAGUACAUCUCUAUCAAAAAUGCCCCAGAGGCUUUGUUGUUCUGUCAAAACCUUGUGGCCAAGAUGCUGGUGAAAAAAGGUGAGGAACAGGUGACUUCCAAACAUGAAUCAGCAUUUGCCAUAGCAGCGGUGGUGGUUGGAUUGUGGGUGAACUUCCCCAUCAUCGGUGAAUUGUUCCUAGCUCACCUCUAUGUGCUGUGUCCAUAUGUUCUUCCUUACUACGCUACACGCCAGGAUGGCCAGUCAAACACUGAUUAUUUCAAAUCUGCUGGGUAUAAAAUCAAUGAGGAUGGCAGUGUAGAAGAGCAAGACAAGUUCCUAAGACGUAUGUCUGGUUUAAUGAGGCUCUACACAGCCUGCAUGAUUGUCAACCCGCCCAACUUGGCUGGCAACAAACACCCUCAUGGAGUCGAGCAUGCCUGGAUGUGGCUGGCUCGCACCAUGAACCUUGAGCCACACCCAGACAUUACAGCAGCAGCCAUUUACGACAUGCUAGCAGUCACUGGACACUACUUGUUCAAGCAGUAUAAAGUUCAGUUCAUCAAACUCUUGUAUGUCCUUUGUAAAAGUUAUUUCCCUUCUUUGAAAAAUAUAUCAGUCACCAGUGCUACAGUUGGAAGGCUGGAAGUCUUUCUUGAGAAAUCCCUACAAACAGCAUCUAUACCUGUGCCUGAAGGAAUGUUAGCACAUGAUUUUUGGUCCACGUCGUAAUCUCGGUGCAUGUUGUUGUGUAUACAUUUACAUUUACCAGUAACAGUAAUUGCAUCUAUUUCUCUAUUUCAACAUUGAUCUACAUAUUGACAUGUUGCUCUCCCAAAUUUUAUCACCUUGACCUUAUGUGACUGUUUAUAUAAGAGCUAUUUUUAAUUCAGCAAUAGUUACAAGUGCUGAAAGUUGUCGAAUCUCGAGAUUUUAAAGUGAGAGGAAAUUUGAUAUGUAUCAUGUUUAAAAAUAAUUUGGUAAUUAUAGAAAUAGAAUGUGUUAUUUUUUAGGUUUUCUAAUGUUCUAGAAUUGUAAGAUCAUACAAUUCAUAGUAUUUCAGUUAAUAAAAGAUGAAAUGUUUUCACUGUAUGUGUCAAUAUAACCUGCAUAGAUAUAACAUUGUCAUAAUUUUAUUUUGGUAUGGUAUGCACUCUGGACUGUUGCCUUGGUGGUCCCAGGUCAUUUUAUUUUUGUUAAGGACAUUAAAUUGAAGACAUCAUUUGUGGGUGGUUGUCUGGUCAUAUGGUAUGCACUCUGGACUGUUGCCUGGAUGGCCCCAGGUUCAAACCAUGCCCACAUCCACUUUCCUUGAUAGUUACGCUGGUGGUUUUGGCCUGGCUUCAAUUCAGAAAGAACAGCUGAGACUUUAAAAACGAAACAAACAUACUCCUUUUCCAAUUAAAAUGAUUUUAAAAAUCUGUUUCAGAAUAGGUUUUAACUAAAUAUUUUAAUCUGUAUGUACUGUGAACAGGUAGCCUUCAUUUACGUGGAUAGCAGACUGCAGCAGCUCUAAAAUUAAAAAAAAAAUAUUUAAAAAAAAAGUAGUGCUUUCUUUUAAAGUUUGUUGUAAAUUUCCACCACACAAGAUUCACAAUGACAAUACUCAUGUUUUUUUUUGUUUUUUUUUAUUCUUCUAAUCUAGCCACAAAAAUUUGAAUGGACCUCAUUCACCAACGUAAACAAACAGCAUUUAGUCACGUGAUCUUAUUGAUAAAACAACGAAAAAACUGUCACGUGACAACCAUCAUGAAUUAAACAUGAGAUCGUAAAUUAUAUAGAAGAGAUAGAGAACCACGAGGCUAAAUGUUGUUUGUUUACGAUUGGUGAAUGAGGUCCAUUGUUUGCAAAUGUUAAUGUUUCUGACAGGUUUGGUUCAUGUGUAAUAGAAAUUGAGAUUUCAACCAGAUGUACACUGAUAUCUUUUUUAAUAUGCUAAUAAAUAUUUUUAAUGUGGAAUGGCUAUUUUACUUUUAAUGGAGAAUUGUUUUUGUUUUUAAAGAACACAUUGGCCACUUGAUGUUGUUUUUUUUUUUUAAUUCAAUUCUCUCCUUUCAAUAUGAGCACAAGUGUUUAUUUGAAGCCUUUAGUGUAGCCAGAGCUAUCUCGAUGAGGUCACUUUAACUGUAUGUGCAAUAUAAAUCUGUGAAUUCAAGAAACACAAAUUGUAUAGGCUAGUAUUGUAUUGUAAUGGGCACAUGUUCACUAUUGAAUCAUGAUUGAAUUAAAAACAAAAUUGACA